GCCAACUGUCACCAAAGUGCCAGACCUCCCACGCACCCUCUCUCUCUUCCCCUCUCUCAUUGCUGUCUCUGCGUAGUUUCUCUGUCUACAGACGGAGAGCUCUAUCUCUCUAAAAAUUGUGAGAGAGAGAGAGAGAGAGGGAUGCAAAUGAUCUCAAGAGCAUCAUCUGCCAUGGCCUCCCUUCCUUGUUCUAGGGUGAAGAGUGGGCUUUGUGUCAGGCCCGGUAAAAGACAACUUUGCCUUAGAAAAGGGCUUGUGUUUGGAUUUUUGCGCUUGUUGUCAACACCUUUAAAAACACUGCGUGGAGCUAGUCGAUCGCUGAGAGUUACUCAAUUUUGCAGUGUUUCAAGCAUGUCAUCGUCAUUGCAAAUCGAGUUGGUGCCAUGUCUCAGGGACAACUAUGCAUAUCUUAUACAUGACAUGGAUACAGGCACGGUUGGAGUAGUUGAUCCUUCUGAGGCUUUACCUGUUAUAGAUGCUUUGAGUAGGAAAAACCGAAAUUUGACCUAUAUAUUGAACACACAUCAUCAUCAUGACCACACUGGUGGGAACGAGGAAUUGAAAGCCAAAUAUGGUGCAAAGGUAAUUGGUUCGGGAGUAGACAAGGAUAGGAUUCCCGGCAUUGAUAUAGUUUUAAAUGAUGGAGACAAGUGGGUGUUUGCUGGUCAUGAAGUGCUUGUAAUGGAUACUCCUGGUCACACUCGAGGUCAUAUUAGCUUCUACUUUCCUGGGGCGGGGGCGAUUUUCACAGGGGACACUUUGUUCAGCUUAUCUUGUGGAAAGCUUUUUGAAGGAACCCCUGAGCAGAUGCUUUCUUCGCUCGGAAAAAUAAUGUCAUUGCCUGAUGAUACAAAAAUAUAUUGUGGUCAUGAAUAUACAUUGAGCAAUUCAAAGUUUGCUUUGUCCAUAGAGCCCAACAACCGGGCACUUCAGUCUUAUGCUGCCCAUGUAGCUCAACUUCGUAGCAAGGACUUGCCUACUAUCCCAACUACUCUGAAGAUGGAGAAGGCCUGUAAUCCAUUUCUUCGCACUUCAAGUACAGAAAUUCGACAGCAUUUAGAUAUUCCCACAACGGCAAGUGAUGAAGAAGCCUUGGGGGCCAUUCGUCGAGCAAAAGAUAGUUUUUAACUCUAUUGAAAUCUUGGUGUGUACAGGAGACCCAAGCACAUCCACAUUCUGGACAUACCAAUGUUCACCGCGUCAAUAUAUUUUAGAUAAUUCAAAGUUCUUCUCGAAAUGUUUCAUGUUAAUUUUCCAUGCUUAAAGGUGAUCCCUUUACAUUUUGUCGAUAAAAAAUGUUUCAUGAGACCGGGUAACAUGUAGGCUGUACUUUGAUUAAAUCCUUUAAUUGUUCAUUUCUUUUGGUAAGAGAUUUCUUUCAUUUGCUUCUGUGUAUUCAUGUAUUCUAAUUUUUGUAAAGCAGCAGCCAUGGUAUUUUCCCUUUUA